AUUCUGAAAAUUCAACAUGGCGGUCGAGGAGAGCACCGACUACGUAAAACUCAUAAAUACACUCGAACAGCAAGAAAUUGAGUCACCAGGUGGGAUUGCUACUCCACAAGUUUAUGGACAACUUUUAGCAGCAUACCUUCUUCAGAACGAUCUCCCCAACUCAAAAUAUCUGUGGAAGAGAAUACCAGCUGCUGUGAAGACAGCAAAUCCUGAACUAGGAAAUAUUUGGUCUGUCGGACAAAAAAUAUGGCUCAGAGAUUUCCCUGGGGUCUAUGAAUCCCUCAAGAAGGAGUGGUCAGAAAGUAUUCAACCGCUAAUGACGGCUUUAGCGGAUUCGACGAGAAAACGAGCACUUUUAUUAGUAUCGCAAGCUUAUUCUUCAAUAUGUAUAGAGGACUUCUCUGCAUUUGUUGGAGUCCCUGCAAGUGAUGCUGCAAAAAUUGCAAUAGAAGAAGGGUGGCAAGCAGAUUCACAGUCCAAAAUGAUAAUGCCCAAAAAGCCAGUUCCAACCGUAUCAACCAUUAUUCCUGGUGAGCAACAGUUAGCAAGACUUACAGAAUUCGUCGCAUUUUUGGAAAAUUAGACAUUGCAUUUCUUUGAGGAAUAUAGACACUUUGAUGGUGUAUUAUGUGCUGAUGUGACAUUCAUUGGAGGAAAGAAGUUUGGAUUGAACAGAGGUUGAGUUCUCACCUAUCCAUAAUGUUUCAAAGAAGAAGCUGUUGGGGGGGGGGGGAGGUUCAGUGAGGAGUUGCUCCCACUGUGAAAUUUCUGUAAAAGUUUUGGAAAAAAUGCCAGGAGUAUAAAUGUGAGAAGAAUGGCUAGUCCAGCUUACUUACAUGGACAUGUUUACCAAGAUAAGGCUUCUGGUUGUUUAACGGAACUACAAGAAAUGUCUUUUGUUAUGAAAAAUGUAUACAUUACUGAAUAAAUCUUUUUUGAAAA